AUGGAUUUGGCGGAGACGAUGAAGAGUGUACUUGCGAAAAGCACUGGGACGUCGAGUGGCGCGGCGAGUACGUCGAGUUCGGCAACACCGCACGGAGCCGAGGGCUAUGUCACUGAGAAACUGUACAUGUUGCUGCAGCUCUACCUACAGAACAAGGGCUGGAGUCCCAGUAUAGAACUGCUGCAAUGUUUCAGUGACCUCAAAGAGUCAUCCAUGCUUCCCAGUGCUGCAUAUUUGCAAAUGAUGGCAUCCAGAGUAGGUUUAGAUACACAAGGAAGACUGAUUCUGCGCGAGAAUGGAAAGAUAAUAUUGCCAUAUGAACAUUUUGCUAACGCUGUCAUGUUGAAGCAUAUGAAUGGACCUCAUGGGCUCCAUCUAGGAUUAGAAGCAACAGUUAGAGCUGUUGUAGAAUCGUACACAAUAGGCAGAGAGCAGUUUGGAAUGGAGAAGGAAUUCAUAAUAGAAGUAGUACAGAACUGCCCCAACCCUGCUUGUCGGUAUUACAAGAACCAGCUGGAGAUGACGCAGAAGUCUAUACAGCAGCAUCUGUCUCAGCAACCCACAUAUAUUCCAGAUGCGGGAGCCACAAACCUGCCUGACAGCCAGGCGGUGGAGCGUCUGUUACGCAGCACGGCUUUGGCACAAGACUACCAGCUCCCUCUAGCACCACAUCUCGCCGCUCUCACUAGCCUAACAGGCGAAAAGUCUGAUCGUCGCAGUCAGGACAAGUUGUCGCAACACCAGCAGAUGUUGCUGCAGCAUCAGAACAGGUCGCUGGGCCAUCAGUCCUCCAUCGACAAGUACUUGCACUCACAACAACGCUCCUCCAGCUCCUCACAAGCCAGUCUCGAGACCAAGUCUAAGCAUCACUACUCAGAUGAACAUAAGCUCACCGAUUUUCUAAGGGCAAAUUUGGAGAGUCUGGAGUCUCUGUCUGGUGGGUCUGGGUCUGGUUCGCAUGCAGAGCGCGGGGGCGCAGGGUCGGGGGCGAGCGGGGGCGGGGGCGCGGGUGGGCAGGAGCGCGUGGUGCGCGCCUUCGCAGAGCUGGCGCGCAACCUGCAGCGCAUGCGGCCCUGCGUGCGCCCCGCCAUGUGCAAGCCCUACGGCAAGCAGAGCGAGCAGCUGCAGAAGAUUUUGUUGGACACUAUCCAGUUGGUUCAGUCGCUGCGCAGUUACUUGCCGCCACCACAUAUCCAGGUCACCUCGUGGAAGAACGACGAUAAGCUGCGCUCCAACAACAUGGAGGAGAUGGAGAGCCGUAAGAUAGUGAGCGGUAACUAG